ACACGCCUCCUAGGGAGAGGAACGCAGGCGACGCGUGUCGGGGCGGCUCUAGAGGGAGUCACGUGGACGGGUUCCCGCGGGCGGCAGUUGCCCGUCACGUGACUUGGCAAGAUGGCGGCUCCCACGGAAGGGACCGAUCUGGAAGCCUCCCUGUUCAGCUUUGAGAAGCUGGACCGAGCAUCUCCAGACUUGUGGCCGGAGCAGCUACCAGGUGUUGCUGAAUUUGCUGCUUCCUUCAAAAGUCCUAUCACGAAUUCUCCUCCCAAAUGGAUGGCUGAACUAGAAAAUGAUGAUAUUGAUAUGUUAAAGGAGCUGGGGAGCCUUACCACAGCAAACCUGAUGGAGAAGGUUCGAGGCCUGCAGAACCUGGCUUAUCAGCUAGGACUGGAUGAAUCAUUAUAUCAGGGUAGUGGUGUAAAAGCAACUGAAGAAGAGACUCAGUAAAUACUACUGGAGAAAUUUUCAACCAUGGUGUGGAGAAGAUAAAGUUGCAUUUACUCCUUUUCAUGAAUAUAAGACUGACUGCUUAGUUAUUUGAAUUUUGUGUUCGUUCAGUGAAUUUCCUCUUUUUCAUCUUACAUCUUUGGGAUCCUAUACCUACUCAGUAGUAACAUGAAGGAAGGAAAGAAAACCCGCUCGACACCUGACAUAAUCCUUCUGUUGGGUAAACAGAGAUUUUGGUUUACAAAUUAAUCUUGAGAAAGUGUUGUUACUGAAUGGAUUGUUACAUCUUAGUCUAGAGAUUGAUGGUGAUUUUAAGAGAUCUGCUGUUGAUUAAACAAAUUUCUGCAUUGUAUUUUACUGAAAGACAACACAGCUUUUGGAAACAAAAAGCCCAACAAAACAUUCAAACAAAUAAUUAUCUUAGGCACCUUCAUUGUUCUAUGCAGUCAUCGUUUUGCAUUUAUAGGAACAACUACCCAUGUAGCACUUCAUACAUGGGUGAUUACUACACAUCUAGCACUUCAUCAAACAUUUAUUUUAAGCUGCACAAUGGUAGUAAAUGUUUUGGUGCCAUUACAAUCUGUCAUGGAAAGCUUGACUUGUCAGAUCAUUGGUGACCUGCAGCAAAUACAGUGUAUUGUCUCAGCCCUUUUAUGUGUGCGUGGACAGAGUUAGUGAACAUGCCCAAUAGCAGAUUAUUAAACCUCUAAGGCUCUACAAGUGAUUUGACAAACACUGAGUUUAUUAAACCCCACAUUGAACUAUGAGUUAUUAAAAUGUGCUUGCAUCUACAUUGCCUUAGGGUUUGAUCUCAGAUCUCCUCAUCUAAGCAGGAUCAAGUUUGGUCAGUAAUUGGAUGGGAAUCCACUAAGUAAAACUCAGGUGUUGCAGGAAGAAAUGUUGGUGAUUCUGUAGACAGUGCUUUUCUCUCUGAGUAAGUACCGAACUAUUACCCCAUCACGGCUCUAGGGGGCUCUGUAAUGUUGGAAAUGUUGUAUUUUGGAUGAGAUGUAUGACAAAGGUCAUGAUGACUUGGGGUCAGUAAUCCCAUACAUUUUUUGUAAGGGUGGGAUAUUAACCUCAGUUAUCAUGGGCAAAAUACCAGCAUAGGUAAUUACAAUCUAAUUUUCCCAAGCAGCAUCAAUUAAAACAAAAGCUAAGAGGGAUCUUAUCUCUACUAUGUUGUGUAGUGCUGAUGUACGUUUAAACAGCUGCCACAUUCUUCCACAGGGGUAACUAAGUAGUGGGGGAAGUGAUUCCUGUGUACGUACUGUAUGAAACUAUGUAAAAGGCACGAGAAAAAGUCUAGUGUAGGUGUACUGAAUGUGUAUACAAGAGACCCAUGAAAUAAUUAUUCUAUCACUUAUUGAAACCAUGUACAUUAGUGUCCAGCGACACACAAAAUAUACAGCAGAGUAAUAGGCAUUCCCCAUUAAGUUGUGUGAAACUGUGCAUUUCAGAAAGGGAAGAAUGAUACCUAUAGUAGACUGUGCCCUAUACUUGUAAACCUGGCGUUCUGAAUUGUACAGAAAGCUUAUCCUAUAUUCUGCAUUGAGGUCUGUUGAUUAUGUGAUACUACAGUGGGAGAGACUGGAAAUUCUGUAGCAGAUUCAUGUAAAUUAAAAUGGCAAUUUUAAAUGACUUCAGUACAAAAAUGAAUAAAGCAAUAAAUACAGUA